CAAGCGUCAUUAUCGGUCGACAGGAAAAGUAGUGCGGUUAAUUAGUUGCACAGAGUGAUUACAAUGCAUAGCCGGGUGCCCCCUUUGCCCAAAGAGUCGCGGCUGACCGCGCUUUCUUUCUCCUUUCGUCCCGAGGUGUCCGAUCAGCUGUCGUGUCGGACGCGGAACGCAAUGUUAAAUCAAAGAGCGCGAGAAGCACGAAGUGUGCCGUGCCGCCGGUCAAAGCGCCGUCGCGGCCGCUUAUCCCCUACUAUUGCGCGAGUGAGCUGGGUUUGUUUCUUUCACCAAGCGCGCGGGAGCAUCUCAGUUUCGUGAGAUCUGUUGUGCGCACCAAGCCAAGCAAGUUCGGGUCCGCUCCAUGCCGACUCCGCCGAGCUGACAGUGCUUUAAUCUUGACCCGCCGCCGCCUCCGACCGCCCCCAGUUGCCCCCGUGACUCUCUGCUUUCCCGACGCCCGCUCCCCCAUGUCGGUGCAGCAGCAGCAACAACCACCAGCUCCGGCGGCCACGGUGCACAAACCCCCGCAAGGUGGAGGUAGUUACGCGUCCUCUGGCUGGUGCGGAAUGGUGUCCCGGGUGUUUAAGGUUCACGGCAGUUUCUGCGCGUCUCAUCCUUGGGAAGUGAUCGUCGCCACCCUGACCCUGACCGUGUGCGUACUCAGCGUCGAGACCAGGGUCGCCCUGCAGGAUGCCGCGGCCGCCCCCUCGCCCGCGUGCAACGCAUGGAGACGCAACUGCCCAUCAGGGCUUGAGCAGCCCGAGUACAAUGCGGCCGACGUUAUUGUCAUGACCCUCAUCAGAUGUGUUGCCUUACUCUACAGCUACCACCAGUUUCGCACUCUCAGCAAAAUGGGCUCCAAAUAUAUCCUGGGCAUCGCCGGCCUCUUCACGGUCUUCUCCAGCUUCGUUUUCAGCUCGAGCGUGAUCAACUUCCUGCGCAGCGACGUUUCCGAUCUCAAGGAUGCUUUGUUUUUCUUCCUUCUGCUGAUCGACCUGUCGAAAACCACGUUGCUGGCUCGCCUGGCUUUGAGCUCCAACAGCCAGGCUGAGGUGCGCAACAACAUCGCUCGCGGCAUGGCCAUCCUCGGGCCGACCAUCACCCUGGACACGGUGGUGGAGACGCUGGUGAUCGGCGUGGGAACGCUGUCUGGAGUGCGCCGUUUGGAGGUCCUCUGCGGCUUCGCAGUCCUCUCCGUGCUCGUCAAUUACAUCGUGUUCAUGACAUUCUACCCGGCAUGCCUGUCGUUAAUCCUGGAGUUGACGCGCAGCAGCGAGGAGAACCGGCCCCUGUGGAACGACAAGUCGCUGAUGAUGGGCCUGCAGGAGGAGGAGCAAAAGCCGAACCCCGUCGUACAGAGGGUCAAAGUCAUCAUGUCGGCCGGACUGAUGCUGGUGCACGCGAGAAGCCGCUGGCCCUUCCGUACCGAGGAGGAGGAUAUUCUUAGUGUCACCUCGCCGGCCGGCUCUCUUGGAACUGAGCACAAUAUGCCUUCAAAUAACACUGAGGAAGCUGAAAUUCCUGCCUUGAUUAUGAAGUGGUUGACGGUGAGCGCUGACCAAGUGGUCAUUCUGAUUCUGCUCCUCGCACUUGCGGUCAAGUAUGUUUUCUUCGAAGAGAGGGAUGAACUCGCCGAACAGCUGCUCAUGCCAGAAACCCCAACUGGAGAGGAAUCUUACGCGAACCGUGCCUACCUGAUGCGUUUCGGGCCUCCAGGCUUGGAGCCCAUGUGCCACGCGGAAACAGCCGAGAAAGUCCAAAUGGAAGAGCGAGGCGUGCAGACGGAGCUCAGCUCAUGCGGAGCGUCCUUCAGCGUCGGCCCUUUGAAAAGUGAAGAUGUGGAAAAAGGCACAGACGUGAGCACAAUCACUCCUCCCCAAACCCCCGCACCAAAGAGGAACCUGGAAGAAUGUCUUUCAAUCUACCGAUCAGUCAAGGGAGCUGCCGCCCUGAGUGACGAAGAGGUGAUCAAUCUCGUGAAUAGUGGACACAUUCCACCGUACCAGAUCGAAAAGGCUAUUAGUGAUUACGAACGAGGCGUCUUCAUCAGGAGGCAAAUCGUGGGAAAGGCUGGAAGUUUCAUCGAGGCACUGGAAAGUUUGCCUUUCAGAAACUACGACUAUUCCAAAGUCAUGGGAUCGUGUUGUGAAAAUGUGAUUGGCUACAUGCCAGUUCCUGUCGGCGUUGUCGGCCCCUUGAACCUGGAUGACGACAGCUACUACGUGCCGAUGGCCACGACUGAAGGCUGCCUGGUGGCCAGCACGCAUCGCGGCUGCAAGGCCGUCCUCUCUUGUGGCGUGUCCAGCCGCGUCGUCGCCGACGGCAUGACCAGAGGGCCCGUCGUCCGAUUCCCCUCGAUGACCAGUGCCAGUGAAGCGAUGCACUGGAUGCAGCAGUUGGACAACUACGAGCAGCUCAAGGAAUCGUUUGACUCCACCAGCCGCUACGCCCGCCUUAAACGGCUGCAGGUCAGGAUAGCUGGCCGCCACUUGUUCAUCCGCUUCGUCGCCACCACCGGAGAUGCUAUGGGCAUGAAUAUGCUCUCAAAGGGCACUGAAAUCGCACUGAAACUCAUCCAAAAGGAAUUCCCUGAGAUGGAGAUUCUCAGUCUCUCAGGCAACUUCUGCACGGACAAAAAGCCCGCCGCGGUCAACUGGAUCGAGGGCCGAGGCAAGUACGUGGUGUGCGAAGCCAUCGUUCCAGCCAAGAUCGUGACCAACGUGCUGAAGACCUCCGUGCAAGCGCUGAUCGACGUAAACAUUGCCAAGAAUAUGAUGGGUAGCGCCAUGGCGGGCAGCAUAGGCGGUUUCAACGCCCACGCGGCAAAUAUCGUCACAGCCAUUUACAUCGCGACCGGACAAGACCCGGCACAAAACGUCGGCAGUAGCAACUGCAUGACCCUGAUGGAGCCGUGGGGUGAGGACGGAAAGGACCUCUACGUCACCUGCACCAUGCCUUCGAUUGAAAUUGGAACCGUCGGCGGCGGCACCACGCUCCCUGCCCAGGCGUCUUGCCUUGAUAUUCUCCGCGUUAAAGGUGCCAGUAAAAACAGACCUGGCGAAAAUGCCGAUACCCUGGCGAGAAUCGUGUGCGGCACCGUUCUUGCGGGAGAACUGUCUCUCAUGUCUGCCCUGGCCGCUGGACACUUGGUCCGAAGCCACCUCAGACACAAUAGGUCUUCUACUUCGAACACUUCGAUGGAAGCGGCAGCAACGGCAGCGCUUUUCAACUCGCAGAAGCACUGACCCUUGCUGCACUAUAGAUUGGUGACCUAGUUAUCAUCUCACUGCCCACCGAUCGCAUUAUCAAAGACACUAUUGAGACAACCACUGCUUCAGCACGUGUUAUAUUCGAGAGGAAAGCGUUUUCUGGCCACGCGAGGCAGAUCAGAAACGUUGAAAUACUUGCAAAGUAUUGUUCUGCCCUCUGGUGGAGGCGGAAAUUUUCCGUGAAGCGAUUUCGGCCAUUCUUGGCCGUGAAUUGAGUGAUCUACAGUGCGUAUCAAUUUUUUUAAUGUGAGUGAAUGUUUGAGACCCUUCCUGUAAAUAGAACACACAUUGGUUUUAUCGAAGUCGCGGAUUUUAUUUUAUUGUUACCUCAUUUACACACGCGGCGAUCUGCCUGCAGAAAAGCACAACACUCCGAUAGUUUGAAUUACCCGCCCACGCUUAAGGCAACAGUCGAAUGUUGGUGCUGCUCAUGUGCAUAAUUUGUUGAGUCAGGUCUUCCCUGGAUGUGUACUUGUAUUUUCCAGCAAGUGCCUAUUUUAAUAGGCCUAUGUUGUAAAUUUUAUCGUAUCAGAUUAUUAAAAAAGUGAUAUUAAA